AUGCUUGCCCCAAGCCUCACUCGUGUCGCUUCCCGCCGUCUUCCAGCCCUCACCCAGACGCGGACGCGGCUGUACGCAACCCCGUCCAGCGACGCAAAGGACGCCAACGCCAAGGAUAGCAAGGACGCCAAAGACCCUCCACCCACCGAGACCGGCGCCGGUAAGCCUCCCCCUCUUCUUAUGUUUGCUGAUACGGGCAUGGCCGUCGCUGCUGUCCUCCUCGCUAUAGGUGCAGGCGGAUACUACUUCUACGCGAAUACCAACCCCGUUGAGGUCGAGGCCCGGCGUGCCAGUGUACACGCCCACCGCGCCGCCGAGCUUGCGGUGGCCGAGGCGAAGGAGGAGGCCGCGGCGGUAGCGGAUUCUGCGCGCGCAGCAGUCGCAGCAGCUGAGCCGGGGAGCCGCGCUUGA